AUGUCGGAACCCGGCCCCGAAUCGAUCCCCACCAGCGCCGACCCGCGCAGCAAACGCCCCGUGAAACGCCGCGCCGUGACCGCGCAAAACGAACAAGCCUCGAAGAUCGAAACCCUCUUCAAGGACCCCUCGAAAGAAAUCCGUCUGCCAGGGACCUCGCUCCAAAAGACUUCUGCGUCGCUUCCUGCCCCGCCGGAGAUCGUGGCCAACGUGCAGGGUUCCUCGGCUGGUGCCGGUUCCGGCGAGUUUCACGUUUACAAAGCGAGUCGGCGGCGUGAGUAUGAGCGGCUGAGGUUGAUGCAGGGCGAGGUGGAUAAGGAGAAGGAAGACGAGGAGUGGGAUAGACAGAGGGAGGAGACGAGGAGGAAGGAUGAGGAGAAGACGGAGAAGAACCGGCGAAGGAGGGAGAAGAAAAAGAAUGCGAAGAAGGGGGGUAAUGGGGAUAAGGCGAAGGGUGAGAAUACGAUGGCGACGGAUUCGACUGGAGGAGCUGCUUCUGGGGAUGGGGAGGGGACUACAGGGGAAACUGCACAGGCGGAGGAGACGCCGGGUCUGAUCAUUCAUGAUGAUUAG